GGUUCUAAGUAAAAAUGGACCCCCGCCACAGUGCCCAGGAUGUGAUCAGAUGUGACCUAUGUGAGACAGCUGUAGUACAGAUGUACUGUGAUUUCUGUCAUGUCAACCUUUGUAAACCCUGUAUUGGAGAACACAUUUCUGAUGAAUAUGACAAACAUAAAAUUGUCCCAUUCCAACAAAGAAAAUUAACCUUGAUCUAUCCAAAGUGUGCAACACAUCCAACCAAAACCUGUGAAUUACAAUGCAAGGAAUGUGAUAUUCCUGUUUGCUCUUCAUGUUUUACAUCAAAUCAGCAUCAAGGACACAGUUUUUCAGACCUUUCAGAAAUUUACAACUCAAAGAAAAAUGACAUUGCGAAAGAUACAGAGGAAUUACAAAACAUUAUCUGUCCAUCAUAUGAAGAAAUCACCAAAGACAUAGAAACACAGAUAACUAACCUGGAUGGAGAAUACGAAAAACUGACAACAGCAGUGACAGAACAUGGAGAACAAUGGCACAGAGAAAUUGAAAAUGUAAUCAAUGCCAUGAAAAAAGAAAUUGAUGAUUUUAAAGUAAAACACCUUGACAUUCUGAAGAAACAUGCAGAGGAAGUUAAACAAAUACAAUCCCUUAUUGAACAAACUCUGUCCAACCUGAAAGAAAUUGAAAAAUCAAAUGAAGUGUCCAUGAUCAUGGAAUACAGCUCAAGGAACAAAGAAUUCAGCAAACUCCCUCCCAAAGUUCAGGUAUCACUGCCCAUGUUUAGUCCAAAACCAGUAGAUAGAGAACAGAUUAACAAGUUGUUUGGAUCUUUUGCACCAUUAUCUACCACAACAGAAGAAAAUGGCUACAAAAUGAAGAAACCAGAGACAUCAACCAGAGAAUUUCUGGAAGAACCAAAACUUAUCACUUCUAUAAACACUGGGUAUGAAACACUCCGCAGUGUUACCUGUCUCAGUGAAGAAGAAAUCUGGACAAGUGAGUUCUGGGUCAGUGAUAUAAAAUGCUUCAACAUUAAAGGCUCACUUAUCAAGACAAUCAAAACAAGAUCAGGGGGAGUAUCAAAUGAUAUAGCAGUGACAAAGGAUGGAGAUCUGUUGUACUCUGACUGGAAAACAAAGACUGUGAAUAAAGUAAAGAAUGGACAGACGGAGGAGGUGAUCAGACUACAGGACUGGAGACCUACAAAACUCUGUGUGACCUCCUCUGGUGAUCUCGUGGUUGUUAUGUACAGUGAUGAUAAAACACAAUCCAAAGUUGUCCGUUACUCAGGCUCCACAGAGAAACAAACAAUCCAGUUUGAUGAUGAAGGUAAACCUCUGUAUUCAGGAAAUAGCUUCAUUAAGUACAUCAGUGAGAACAGAAACCUGGAUAUCUGUGUGGCUGACUUUAAAGCUCGUGCUGUAGUUGUGGUCAACCAGACUGGAAAACUCCGAUUUAGAUACACUGGUUAUCCUUCUACUACAAAGGAAAACUCUUUUAAACCCUUUGGCAUCACAACAGACAGUCAGAGUCAGAUUCUGACAGCAGACCGUGAUAACCACUGUAUCCACAUCCUAGACCAGGAUGGACAGUUCCUCCGUUAUAUAGAUAACUGUGAUCUGGAGGAUCCAUAUGGUUUAUGUGUGAACAAAAAUAAUUUGUUUGUUGCUGAGUGGGGAGGAAAGCUUAAGAAAAUUAAAUACCUUGUCGAAUAGAUAUAAUGUUUGUACAUAUGUUUGUGUAAUGUGUAGAUAGAAACUACAUUUUAACUCACCUGAGCUGUACAUUAUACUGAUGUACAUUUCUAUGUUUGAUGAAAAUGUUACCAUGUACAUUUAACUCUGUAUUACUGUCUUUCAAAUUAAUUAUACUCUUCCUUCAGAUUUUGGCCUGAUUUAUCGUUCAAGGUCCAUGACUUGUUACCCAUUUUCGAUUGAGUCUCUUUUGUAAAAAAAAAAAAAAAUGAAAUGUUUCAUUUUGUUUGGUAAAAUUAUAUGAAUUUGUUCAUAUUUCUAUUCUUUCAAGUGAAGUAGAAAACAUCAGUAUCAUGACAUAAUAUUCUCUGAGCAAUUUAUAAUUUCAAUGAAAUGUUGUUACAGGCUUAUAAAGGGACAGAACAAUGAGCUAAUGAUUUUAUUGUCUGAGAAUUAACUUCUAUUAGUUCAAAGUGA